AAGCCCUACUCAAGUGUCGUUUGUGGACUUGCGUUAGAAACUCAAGCGAACGUGUCUCCGUCUUCAGGCAGCGUUUCUCUCAAUCUGGAUUUUGGCGACGAAAUGAAGGCCAGGAAACAUUAACCCAAAAGAAAAAAAAAAGAAGUAAGUCGUGAGUGAGUGGCGAUGAUGUCGGUAGAGGUGGACGUGCUGCUGCAGGAGGCCAAGGAGAGCAUCGAGGCGGCUCAGAACUUUCGCAGCGAGCUGCAGCAGAGACUCAAUGGACUCAACCAGGCACGCAAACAGGUUCGGGGCAGCUCGGGGCAGGCUCGCGAGGCCCUCCGCAGGCACUUCGCCGAACUGCAGGCGGCCGCCACCCGGCUGCUGUCGGAACGACUGAGCGCACUCCUCACCGAGGUGGAUGCCAUUGAGGCGGACAGCGUCAAGCCUCUUGAUGACUGCCAGAGCCUGGUGGAGUACGGUGUUGGCCAGGCCGACGAGCUCCUCAGAGAGGGGGAAGCGGCGCUGCGCUGCGGUCUCGGCGAGAAAGAAGACAAACUGGGAAGCUUCACCAAGAAGGCCCUGCACAUUCAAUUGGACAGCCUGCCCGAGGUCCCCGCCUUGGUGGACGUCCCGUGCGUGUCGGCCCAGUUUGACGACUCCCUUCUGGUUCUGCUGCGGGACCACGUGUGCCGCCACGGUUCGGUGGCCUCGCACCCGCCCGUUCUCAUCGAGGAGCUGCAGGAGAGACCCGGGAGCAUCCUGGUGCGCUGGUGUAAGGUGGACGAGGACUUCGCCGCCGCCGACUACCGGCUGCAGUACCGGCGCUCGGGUAACGGCGGGAGCCAGUACGAGGAUGCCUACGUGGGACGCGACACCGACUUCCUGGCCCUGGGCCUGGACCCCAACACCGACUACGUUUUCAGGGUGUGCGCCCGAGGGGAGGGUCGCACCGAGUGGAGCCCGUGGAGCGUCGCGCAGACCGGAUACACCACCAUGGAGCCGCACGCAUGGCGUGCGGGCACGGAGGGUUACAUCGUGAGCAGCAGGCGCAACAUCGCCUUGAGGAACGACUCGGCCCCGUCCAGCUGCCCUGUGCUCUACUCCAACGCACCCACCUACUUCUGCGGCCUCACGCUUACCUUUAAGAUUUCCGCGACCGGUCAGCUGGACCGUCGGGACAGUUUGGGUGUGUGUGUAGACGGAGAAAAAGGGCAACACUCACUUCAGAGAGAUCAGGCCGUCUGCAUCUCCACCAAUGGUGCUGUGUAUGUGAACGGUAAGGAGAUGACCAAUCAGCUUCCGUCUGUCACUCUUGGCUCGGCGGUGACGUUCGACAUGGAGGUCGUGGGCGUGGUCCCACUCAACAACAACAACCACGUUAGCGGCUUGAAACUGCGCGUCACCAUUGGCUCGGGCAGCCGCGAGGUGGUUUUUGAUUGGAUGUUGGAGACGGCGGUGGACGGCCUCUUCUUCGGCUGCUCCUUCGCACACGCCGGCUGGAAAGUGCUCGUCUUCUAAAGGACGACAACGGGACAUAAAAGUCAUAUUUACACCGAAAGUUCUAGCAUCUUUUAGUUCUUCUUACUUCCUGAAACUGAGACUUUCCAAUCUCUUAAGGUUCGUUGACCUCGCAAAAGUACUACCGUCCGUAGCAGGGUCUUCUUCUGGCUCCUGAAAUAAACCCAAAAGUUGCUUUUUCACCGAAAGUUACGGGAACGUUUGGUCAUUGGUGCUUUUAAUUCCUGGAACUUAACUGUGCAAACACAAUCAUUUCUAGGAUCAUUUAGUUCUUGGUAUCUGGAACUUGAAGAUUUCUUUCAGGUAUGACUCCCACCCCAAAGGUUCAUGGACCUAUCAAAAGUACUAACUCAACUAGCAGGGCCCCAAUAAAUCCAUCAGUCUCCAGAAGCCAUAUUGUAGGACUAAUGCGUGUUAGUUUAUUUUGUUUACAAUUACGUCUGUCAAUAUGUCAUGAUGACUUUAUAUGUAUGUAUAUAUGUGUGUGUGUGUGUGUAUGUAUGU